AGCUUAGUACUCUGGUGUGAACUGUUGGGGUUCUCUCUGGGUUUCUGCUUUCUGACUUUCUGGGAGGAUUUUAACAACUUGAUGAACCUUUAAGGAGGGUUUUUAUCAUUUUUAAUAUUAUUUCUGGUAAACUUGUAGCUAGAAGUUCAAAAUUCCGUUCACCUCAAAAGAAUUAAAUCAACAGUAUCUUACUCAGGAACAAAUAAUGAAACUGUCUCUGCUCUGUAUUCUCCUGACUGCUGGAGUGACAACUGGGCAGCGCAGUCCUCUCAACGACUACCAGCGCUCCGAGGGCAGAGAGCUCGUUCCGACCCCCUGGAACGCAGCACGGAUGCAGAUGUUGCCGGGUUUGAGCCUGGAGGAGUGUGCCAGCCGCUGCUUGCACUCUCUGGACUGCAGAGCUUUCAACUACGAGACUCGUCCGACCGGCAUGUGUAAACACCUGCCCUGGGAGGCCGACGGAAGCAACGCUGAAGUAAAGAGAAAUGUCAACUGUGAUCUUUACGAGAAGAAAGUCUAUGUAAGAAAGUGCAUUGUAGGUAAAGGGGAAGACUACAGGGGCAAAGUUUUCACCACAAAAGGUGGACUCACCUGCCAACAAUGGUGGUCCAAGUUUCCUCACGAUCAUAGAUGGACCCCUUCGCCUACUAAUGGUCUGGAGCUGAACUACUGCAGGAACCCAGAUGGGGACCGUAUUGGUCCCUGGUGCUACACUACCGACCCUGAGCGACGCUACGAGAGCUGCAACAUCCCCCAGUGUAAAGAUGAGGUGUGUAUCACCUGCAAUGGAGAAGACUACAGAGGGCAGGUGGAUCACACUGUGAAUGGCAAAGAGUGUCAGAGAUGGGACCAGCAGUACCCUCAUCAACACAUCUACCAGCCUGAAAAGUACCCUGACAAGAGCUUAGAUGAUAACUACUGCCGUAAUCCUGAUGCCUCUCCGGUGCCUUGGUGUUACACCACCGACCCUGACACGGAGAGAGAGAACUGCGACAUCAGCAGAUGCACUGAAGUCCACGUGGAGAAGAGGCAGCGAUCCAGCUUCACCACCAACUGCUUCCGAAGCCGAGGGGAGGACUAUCGUGGCAAAGUCAACGAGACAACGUCGGGAAUCCCCUGUCAGCGAUGGGACACCCAGCAUCCUCAUCAGCAUCCCUUCGUCCCACACAUAUAUGAGUGCAAGGGUUUAGAGGAGAACUACUGCCGUAACCCAGAUGGUUCAGAGGCCCCCUGGUGCUUCACGUCAGUACCAGAGAUGAGGACUGCUCUCUGCCUGCAGAUCAAACGCUGUGCUGAUGACAUAGAGGCCGAGGACUGCUACCAAGAAAAUGGAAAAAACUACAGAGGUGUUGUCCGCAAAACUCGCAAAGGCAUUACCUGUCAGAAAUGGAAUGUGAACACACCUCAUCAGACCAAGAUAAACCCACGGACACACCCGGACGCCAACCUGACGGAGAACUAUUGUCGUAACCCAGACGGGGACCAGCACGGACCCUGGUGCUACACUACAGACUCAAAAACUGAGUUUGACUACUGCGCAAUUAAACAGUGUGCCGGAGAGAAAGUGUCCCUGACAGAAACAGUAGAGAACGUGGAGUUCAGCGAGUGCGGAAAGAGAGACGACCGUCCCCGGCCCACCGGGUUGCGUAUCGUAAAUGGAAUCCCUGGGAACUCACCGUGGACUGUGAGCCUCAGAGACAGGAAAGGAAACCACUUCUGUGGAGGAUCUCUGGUGAAUCCCAGAUGGGUGAUCAGCACAAAGCAGUGCUUCUCCUCCUGCUACGUGGACCUCCCUGGGUACUCCGCCAUGAUGGGAACACUUUUCCGUGAUCCGCAAGAGGAAGAGCCUGGUGUGCAAACCAUUCCUCUCACCAAGAUUGUAUGUGGGCCCUCUGAGUCUCAGCUGGUCAUGUUGCAACUGGAAUAUCCAGCACAGUUCAAUGAGCGUGUCUCUCAGAUAUGCCUCCCUCCAGAGCGCUACAUAGUGCCCGAGCACACAAGGUGUGAAAUAGCUGGGUGGGGUGAUACAAGAGGGACUGGAGAUGAGACUGUCCUCAAUGUUGCACACGUGCCAGUAAUCAGUAACAAUGAAUGCAACAAAUACUUCAGAGGCCGCGUCCGAGAAAACGAGAUGUGCACAAACUCUUUUCAAGCUGGAGUUGGAGCCUGUGAGAGAGACUACGGCGGCCCUCUGGCGUGUCAGAACGCCGACUGCUGGGUGCUGGAGGGCGUCAUCAUCCCCAUGAGGCGCUGCGGACACCCGGGACAGCCCAACAUUUUCAUCCGUGUGUCUGUGUACGUAGACUGGAUCAAGAAGGUCAUGGAGAUGGCUUAGCUGUCCAACUAGGAACUGAACGAAUGCUUCAGCAUUUGCAAGACAUGGACCUUUUAUUCUGUUAGAGAAUAAAACUUGUGCUAAUCAAUUUAUCUACUGGGUUAUAUUGCUACAGUGCUACAUUGUCACGAGAAAGCCAGUUUAGGGCUUUUACUGUAGAAAAAAACACAUAACACACUGUAAUUUCUUGUUUUAUAUCUACUUUAAGUUUUUAUUUUGCACUUAAACUUGGAGAUAAUUAAUCCUGAAAAUGCAGAUGUUUGUUAACAUUUUAAAAUAUACUUUACAUUACAUACUCCUGUUUUAGGCAAUGUCAUUGUACAGUGGCUACAUUAUAUAUUUCUCAGAAAUCCAGGAACAAACAGUGCUCCAGUUGAAAGUUGGAAAAUCAGUUGGAUUUUUCAAGUUUUAGGCUCAGUGGCCAGUUUUGGUGUUAUUAAUAAUGCACGUUGGUAGCAACAUAUUGCUCUGCGUUAAUGCAGUUAAACUCUGUAGCAACAUGUUCACUAAUAUAGGGUGUAAUGUACUAAGUUUUUGAGUAAUUUAAUGACAAAGGAACAGACAAAAGCGUAACAGUAAAGAUGAAUUCUCAAAUCAUCACCACAUUUUAGAGAAGCAGAUGAGAUAUUUCUGACUUUCCCAGUUGGAAUUCUAACUUUCGGGUGCCUCCUCUGAAAUUUGUUUUGUCCUCCAACUCUGAAAUCUGAACUCCAGAGUUGAAAUUGUAUGAAAGUGUAAUAUGUUAAUACAUGUAUCACCACGGUUAAUUUAAGUAAAUUUAUAUUUCUGACUCCUGCUCUAAUAAAUAUUCUUCCUGGUCAUAGUUUUAAAAUGUUUCCUGAUACCAAACAUGAUGCCAAGAUUGUUAAAAAAGUUAAAACAAGUACCCUGCCCUGGAGAAGAUUUUGUCUCGUAACAACCAAACAAUUUGUGUUUAUUUGGAGGUUGAUUGAUAGACCAACACAGAGCAGCACACUUGGUGUGUAAACCUUUUGCAAAUAAAAAUGUGAAAGUUUUGGCUUGCA